GAGAGAGCUCAAGUGCAAACUGAAAUACACAACUUCUUUCUCUAGUUCAGAGCCCUCCUUUCCUAAACCAUUUGUGAUACAUAUUGCACAAUGGCAAUCUGGAAUGGUAGGAUUUUGAACUUUUUCUUUCUAUGGCUUCUGGUAUCCACAGUUCUGCUGAAUGGUGCAGAUUGCCAUAGCAGGAAAAAGAAGCUUCCAAAGCCCUGUAGGAAUCUGGUUCUGUAUUUCCAUGAUAUAAUCUACAAUGGUAAAAAUGCCCAUAAUGCAACAUCUGCACUUGUUGCAGCCCCUCAAGGAGCUAAUCUCACCAUUAUGACUGGCAAUAACCAUUUUGGAAAUCUUGCUGUAUUUGAUGAUCCUAUCACUUUGGAUAAUAAUCUUCACUCUCCUCCAGUGGGAAGAGCUCAGGGGUUUUAUAUCUAUGACAUGAAGAAUACUUUCAGUGCCUGGCUUGGGUUCACAUUUGUGCUGAACUCGACAGAUUAUAAGGGCACCAUUACUUUCAAUGGAGCAGACCCCAUUUUGGUUAAGUACAGAGAUAUAUCUGUUGUGGGUGGCACUGGUGAUUUCUUAAUGGCCAGAGGAAUUGCAACUAUUGACACCGAUGCCUACGAGGGAGAAGUUUAUUUUCGUCUUAGGGUUAAUAUCACACUGUAUGAGUGUUACUGAUCAGUAUUCUUCAUGGAGAUUCUCUGUAAAAGGAAUCAAUCUGAUAUAUGUUGAGAGCCUAUGUAGUAAAGUUUUAUCAAGAUUACUAAAUAGUGAACCAUCAGAUAAUUGAGAA